AUGUCUCUGCGGCCGAGCUUUCGCAACGCCUGCCAGGCGCUUGCGCUGCGCUCCCGACCCUUGGCCCUUCGACAGGAGCCUUUCGCCUGGACUGCGCCGAGGCGAGGAUAUGCGGACGAAUCCAGCCAGAUCCCGCCGUUGAGGAAAUCCAAAGCUGCCUCAGAGGUAUCCAAGGCAUCGGCGGCUGCCAAUGCCCAGUCCUCAGCAGGAAAGCAGGCGGAUGCGAACGAGGCGUGGUCAAAAAUAGACGCCGCUGCUGCGAGAGAGGAGCUCGCAUCGGCCGCGAGAGGACAAGCCGGACUCAAAGGUGGCCUCACCGAGGCCCAGGAAGAAGCGCUCUUCCGCGAUGGCGCCAUCCCUCCUACGCCUGCGAAUGGCGACCCCCUUCGCCAGCUCGAGAUUCUGGCUCAGGGCGGAAUUGUUUCAGACCUCGAGGGAGCUAGCGAGUUGGAUCUCCAGCCGGCGCCUGUUGGACACAAGUUCCCCUUGCCCAAUCUCCCUCUCCCGCCGCAAAGCCACCUUAAGUCCCGGUAUCACCCCGUGCUCGACCAAGUAACCAACCUGAUGAUGCGUGACGGAAAGAAGAGUUUGGCGCAAAGGAACAUGGCCAUGGUCCUCAACUUUCUCCGAACCUCUCCUCCCCCGAUCAUCAACCCGCGAUACCCACUGCUCCCCGGCGCGCCCCCGGCCGCCCAUCUCCCACUCAACCCCGUGCUAUACCUGACCCUUGCCAUCGACUCGGUUGCACCCCUCGUCAAGAUCCGCCGCAUUGCCGGUGGUGCUGGUGGUGGUCGCCCCCUUGAGCUGCCCGCACCCCUGGCUGUGCGUCAGAGAAGACGUGCGGCGUUCCAGUGGAUUCUGGACGUUGUUGAGAAGAAGCCUUCCAAGGGUUCUGGUCGGACGCAGUUCGCCCACCGGGUGGCCGAGGAGAUCAUCGCCGUUGUUGAGGGAAGGUCACCUGUGUGGGAUAAGCGGUUGGCUUUGCACAAGCUGGGUACGGCCACCCGUGCCAACUUGACUGUCAAGCCGGUUAAGGCGCAUUAA